AUGGCCAACCGCGUGCUUUCCGGCAAGCCCAAGCCGCCGCCUGACACGAUGACGCUCCUUGAGCUGGACCUCUGGAUUGCUGAGCAAAAGGUGAUCAUCUCGCAUCUGGGAACUGUGGAUGAGGAGAGGAAGGCGGCGCUGUUUCGCUCGUUCGACGAAGGUCGUGCCAGAAAGGCCGCUGCUGAAGAAGCCAAGCUGAAGACCGAGCACCUGAAGUUCAAGGCCGAGCUGCUCAACAAAUAUAUCAACGAGACGAAUCAGGAGCUGGUCGAUGUCUUUAUGGAGGUCGACACCGUUACGAAGGAACUGUUGGUCGAAAAGGAGAAGGCCAGCCAACUGGAGAAGGAUGCCGCCAGACUUCCGGCCGAGAUUGAACUCAAGAAGGUUCAAUUGACGCACUUGGAGCACAAGUUCGCUGAAUUGAAAGAAGAUAACGCCGCUUUCGAAGCUCAACUUCAGCAAGACCUGACCGUCGCCAAGGAACAGCUGGCACGAAUCAAAGCCAUCAUCGAUGCUGAUGAGGGCGAGCAAAGGCGCCGGGAGGUCAGGGCUAAGCUAGCCAAAAAGAAGAGCAAAGUCGAAGUGCUCCGGAAGCGCCAGCAAGAACUGGAGGCUCAGCUCAAGCUGCUGGAAACUGAGGCUCAGUGUCGUCGCCAGAUGCCGUUCAAGGACUUUUGCAAGAAGUUUGCACGCCACUCGUCCGAAGUAAAAGAUCUCCAAAGGAAGAUUGAAGCCUUGAAGCCCGCCUUUGAUGAGGCGGAAGCCAAGAAAAAGAAGGAGCGGAUGAAUAUGUCGAUGGAGGACAGCCAAGAGAGCAGCAACGACAUCGAAGUGGCGUCGAAUGCAAGCGAAUCCCGACGCCGAUCGUUGGAGGAGGAAGAUGCGACCAUGGAUGAGAACGAAGGCAGCAAGCGGCUCCCCUCUCAACCACCCCCAGCGAGCCAACAUCGUGAUGGCGAUCAACAAAGAACCUCGCAACAACACAAGCCGAAGAUCGUCGUCAGGGUCGGGCAGGAUGAUGGGAAUGAGGGAUCUUUUGAAGAAGAUCAGGCCAAAACGUUGCAACUCCAUUCGAAAAGCCAAGGCGUAUCGCAAGUCGGAAACAGUCAGCUCUCCAUGCCGGACAGUCAGCGCCAAAUGGCGAGCAACACGCAGGCCACAAAUGGAACCGAACAACAAGAAUGUGAGGUGAUGGACGCGUCUCCAUUUGAUUUCGAUCCAUCCCCGGCGAUGGAUUUCAACGAGCAAGGUGGCGGGACGCAACAAGACGAAGACGCAUUCAUGUUUGACGGGAUCGGAGAUACAACCGCCGGGUUUAACAUGGAAGCCGUGGAUAGCGUCGUCAAUAUGUCUGGAACAGAUGGAGCGGGCGAGCAAUUCCUGUCCUUCAUGCAAGACCACACCGGCCGUUCGGGCCAGAGCAAGAAUGAUGCCAAUGGCGAGGGCGGAAGUUUCUUAUCCGGAAGCGGUGCGGGAGCUGGCGACGGGGCUGAUUUUGACUUUGAUUUCGGAGGUGAUGGAACCAACGGCAACUCGAACGACACCUCCUACUUCGUUUUCGACGCGGACAGCGACAAUGGCAACAGCAGCUUCGGCCUCGGACUU